GCUCCCCACCCCCGCCAAUGACACUGCGCCACAGCGCCUGCUUGGGUCCCCUCCCUGCCAGGGGCUCAGGAACAAAGUGCUGCCCUUGCUCUGGCUGGGGCAGAGGCGGGGGCCUGGGGCCCUGCAAGGGAAUUUCCAGCCUCAGCCGGAAGGAUGGCUCAGCUGCUGUGCAGGGCCUGGACACAAGGUUUCCAAUUGCAGCCAGGCCCCUGGAGGUCUGGGGGACAGCGAAACCCCCACGCGCCUUCCUGGAAUGACAGAGACUAGAGGGAAGUCAGCUCGUAAUAAAGGAACAGAAGAGCUGCAGCUUGGUGCUUGCUUUCCUCUUUGAGUGAGGGGGAGAGGACAAUUGAUUUCCCGAAAACAUGCAGUUCUUUGGCCGACUUGUAGACACCAUCAACAAUGUCACCAACCUGUUUUCAAACCCGUACCGAGUGAAGGAGGUGCCUCUGGCAGAGUAUGUAGCUCGCACACGCUUGAGAGAGGAAGACAGGCUGGUUCUGUACAAAACCAAAAAUGCUCGCUCCUGGGACUGCUUGCUGGUGAACCCCCAGAGUCAGCUAGUCGCCUUCCGGCUCUUCCAGUUAGACAAUGAGAUGGAAGCCAUUGAGCGUUUUGAGCAGUAUGCAAGACGACUGCGCCCCUUCUACGAGAGUUCACCACAGUCCUUGGAGCUGAAUGUCCUCCAGCAACUGAGCGACUGUUUCCGUAACCACCCCAACUGGUCCUUGGCGCAUGUGGCAGUGGAGACGGAGCUUCGGGGGAGUUUCCGACACAAUCAUAUCAUAAGCUGUGUGAACAGCACAGAGUGCGAGGAUGGCUGUACCCCACUGCAGCUUGCCUGCCGGAAGGGAAACAUGGAGUGUCUAUGUGAGCUGGUGGAGUGCCAUGCCCGGCUGGAUGUCACGGACAAAAACGGGGAGACGGUUUUCCACUAUGCUGUCCGAGGGAGUAACCCUGAGAUCAUAAAGCUCCUGGGCAAAAAGCCAUCUGUUGGCUUGAACCACCUGAGCAAUCGGGGGCAGACACCUCUGCACCUAGCCUGCCAGCUGGGGAAGGAGGACGUGGUUCUGGCUCUACUGAAAUGUCAUGCCAAGUGUAACAUCAUGGGCACACUGGGCUACCCCAUUCACACAGCUGUGAAGUACUCCCAGAAGGGGUGUGUGCAGGCCCUUCUUGAAGUGGAUGUCAAUCAAGUUCAGUUCAUUGACCCCCGCUACGGAGCAGCUCCGCUCCACUGGGCCAAAAACGCUGAGAUGACGCGGUUGCUGAUUGAGUACGGCUGUGACGUGAAUUCUGUCAGCAGGACAGCAGACAUGGCUUUACACAUCAUGGUCAAGCGGGGGCGCUUUGACAGUGCCAUGGUGCUGCUGACACACGGGGCUCUCACUAACGCCAAGGGGCAGGAUGGCAACACCCCACUGCACCUGGCCAUGAAGCAAGACCACCUGGAGAUGAUCAAGGCUCUCAUUGUGUUUGGAGCAGACGUUGAGAUCCCCAAUGACCUUGGGGAGACUCCAGGGCUGGUGGCAGCCAGAACCAGCAAAGGUCCUAACCGGAAGGUGCUCUUAGGCCUGCUGCAGAAGGUAGGGACAGAGCGCUGCCACCCACCUAACCCUGAAUCCCCCCACAUGGCAUCUGGGUCGUCACCACCACUCUCCCCGGAAAGACCACCGCUCCCACGGAACAACAGCCACAGUUUAGGGUACGAGAGCAUCAUCCAUAUUUCCACAGCACUUGGCCACUUGCUGAAGGCGCCGGAUGUUGUGGACACUACCAGUGAUGCGAAGAGAACGUGCGAUCGCCUCCUAUGUCUGGAUGGAGGGGGCAUCCGGGGCCUGGUGCUCAUCCAGCUUCUCAUCGCCAUUGAGAAGGCUGCCGGCCAGCCAAUCAGGGAGCUCUUUGACUGGAUUGCAGGGACCAGCACAGGGGGGAUCCUGGCGCUGGCUAUUGUACACGGGAAACCUGUGGACUACAUGCGCUGCCUGUACUUCCGCAUGAAGGAUGAGGUGUUCCGAGGGUCGCGACCCUAUGAGUCGGAGCCCCUGGAUGAAUUCCUGAAGAAGGAAUUUGGAGAGCACACCAAAAUGACAGAUGUCCAGAAACCCAAGGUCAUGGUAACAGGGACCCUGUGUGACCGGCAACCUGCUGAGCUCCACCUCUUCCGGAAUUACAAGGCACCAGUGACAAAAAACAAACCUGAUGUCAAGACAGCAGAUGCCUUCAAACCACUGACCAAGCCAGAAGAUCAACUUGUGUGGCGGGCUGCCCGCUGCAGUGGGGCUGCUCCCACGUACUUCCGACCCAUCGGGCGGUUUUUGGAUGGUGGCCUACUGGCCAAUAACCCCACCCUGGAUGCCAUGACAGAGAUCCAUGAAUACAACAAGUCCCUAACCCAGAAGGGGCAGAGCCAGAAAGUGAGGAAAUUGGGAGUGGUGGUCUCCUUGGGGACAGGGAUGCCACCGAAGAUCCCAGUGAGUUCUGUGGAUAUCUUCCGCCCCUCCAACCCCUGGGAGUUUGCCAAGACUGUCUUUGGGGUCAAAGAGCUGGGCAAGAUGGUGGUGGAUUGUUGCACUGACGCAGAUGGCCCAGCUGUGGACCGUGCCAGGGCUUGGUGUGAGAUGACAGAUGUACACUAUUUCCGGCUCAGCCCACAGCUGCACUCCGAUGUGAUGCUGGAUGAGGUGAAAGACACGAUCCUAGUGAACGCACUCUGGGAUACUCAGCUCUACAUCUACCAACAGCAGGAGCAGUUCAAGCAGCUGGUGCAGGAGCUCCUCACCCAGUGACUCUCUGGAAGACUCAAAAGCACCAGAGACUUAGGAAGUGGGCAAGGGACAGCAGCCUUUGUAAAAGGCCUGGACCAGGGCUUGUCCUUGCCCUCAGACCAAGACGUUGGUGGGAAGAAUUAAGGACUCAGAGAUAUUAAAUGAGAAGCAGCUCCCCUCCUCCUCCAUGCACACAUGCAGUGGCAAUAGGAAUUUACAACUGAAAUGGAGCCCUGAGUCCCUGGACCUCCGAGUGCAGUCUCUGGGUUACCCCCCUCCUGCCCUGUAUGGGCAUGUUCCCUAAAUCUGUGAAUCUGACAGAGCAAGGGCAGACCUCACACUGCUUCCCAGUGCCUCAGUAGACCUCCUGUAUGGUAACCUUGAGAACACAUCUCCCCCUAGAAUAUCUGUGGCGCUGGCCCUUCCCACUGAACACACUGAAAGUAGGACAAAGACAGACUUUUGAGGACUAGUUUACCCACUUUGCGCGCGCGUGUGUGUGUGUGUGUGUUGUGAAGAGAACUGGAAUUGCUACCCCAUGUGGUCUGGGUGGAGAAAGGGGCAAGAGAGUAAAGUCCCUGCAAUAGUUUUAGAUCAAAAGUAUUGUGAUCCAUUAUUAGCCUAGGGAUGGGGGAGGUGUGAUAUUUUCCCUUGAUCUAUUAUAGCCUGUGGCUGCUACUGCUACCCUUUCCCUUUCUGUGGCUUCAUUGCCCCCUCCCCAACUUCAGUCCUAUCUCUUCUGCCAGUGUCCCACCUAGUUCCCUAGUGCCCAUAAGCUGCUGGGUAGUGUGAGUAGGUCUGGGAGAGGGAGAGGAAGAUGAUGAGCCUUUGGGGUUUUUCCAUGAAUGUUUCUAGUUGCCUGGCCUGAGCUGAUAGUCCUCAGUCGUGUGCUGUGGAAACUGCCCCUCCCCCUUCCCUUCCAGGGGUCACAUGAUGCGGAACAAUAUUCUUGCUUCAGCCAUGGAACAAAGAUUUAUUGGCUGAUAACACUUAAUAAAAAGAUAACUGUGAUUUAAA